AUGGGACUUUUUAUUAUGCUGAAUUUCUGGUGCGAAAUAAUAGCGGCGAUAAUCGCCAAACAUCAUCAUCAUCAUACUAUUACAACCGGGUAUUCGUCCGACUCGACACCAACUGAAAAACGAUUGCGGAUCACAGCCAUCGAAGGCUAUCAUACCACCAUUCAACGCAAACCGAGCGAGUCUUUGUACGGAAGCGCUGCAAAGUGCCGUCGCGCUGCACACGGAUCCAGUCAAGAACCGUGA